GACGCCGGGGUCCCGGAGCCCCGGAGCCGGAGCGAGCGAACAAGCGUCGCGGGAGCACCGGGAAGGAGGAGCACCGCCGCCGGAGCGAGCCGAGCUACCCACAAAGUGCGAUGCCCCAGCGGGGCUAGGGCGCGCGGCGGCCGGCGCAGCGCGGCGCGGAGGGAGGACGCCCGGGAGCUGCGCGGCGCCGGGAGGCGCGGAGGGGCAGCCCCAGCGGGCGGCGGCGGGCCCGGGCUGCGACCCGAGCGAGCCCCAUGCCCCGCGCGGGCUGACGGGCCGGAGCCCGCACGGAACGGCCGGGCUGGACAGGUCCCGUUAGAGCGACAUGAUGGUGGAAUCCGCCUCGGAGACAAUCAGGUCGGCUCCCUCUGGCCAGAACGGCGUGGGCAGCAUCUCCGGGCAGACCGAUGGCGGUGGUGGCGGCGGCGGUGGGGCCGGGGCGGCGGGCACUGGCGGAAGCGGCCCAGGCAGGGACUCGGCGGCGGGCCCAGACAGCAACGGCGAGAUGAGCCCGGCAGAGCUGCUGCACUUCCAGCAGCAACAGGCUCUCCAGGUGGCCAGGCAGUUCCUGCUGCAGCAGGCCUCGGGCCUGAGUUCCCCUGGCAACAAUGACAGCAAGCAGUCGGCCUCUUCCGUGCAGGUGCCUGUGUCGGUGGCCAUGAUGUCGCCGCAGAUGCUUACCCCCCAACAGAUGCAGCAGAUCCUGUCGCCCCCACAGCUGCAGGCCUUGCUCCAGCAGCAACAGGCACUCAUGCUACAGCAGCUGCAGGAGUACUACAAGAAGCAGCAAGAACAGCUUCACUUACAGCUUCUCACCCAACAGCAGGCUGGGAAGCAGCAACCCAAAGAGGCCCUGGGGAACAAGCAGCUGGCCUUCCAGCAGCAGCUCCUGCAAAUGCAACAGUUGCAGCAGCAGCAUCUGCUCAACCUGCAGAGACAGGGGCUGGUCAGCCUGCAGCCCGGUCAAGCCUCAGGGCCCCUCCAGACCCUCCCGCAAGCAGCCGUGUGCCCGACGGACCUGCCCCAGCUGUGGAAGGGCGAGGGUGCCCCCGGGCAGCCCGCCGAGGACAGCGUCAAGCAGGAGGGGCUGGACCUCACCGGCUCAGCCACCACCGCUACCUCGUUUGCCGCCCCCCCCAAAGUCUCACCCUCCCUCUCCCACCACACCCUGCCCAACGGACAGCCCACUGUGCUCACACCUCGGAGAGACAGCUCCUCCCACGAGGAGACGCCAGGCUCCCACCCCCUCUAUGGACACGGAGAGUGUAAGUGGCCAGGCUGUGAGACCCUGUGUGAAGACCUGGGCCAGUUUAUCAAACACCUCAACACAGAGCAUGCCCUGGAUGACCGGAGCACAGCCCAGUGCCGGGUGCAGAUGCAGGUGGUCCAGCAGCUGGAGAUCCAGCUCGCCAAGGAGAGCGAGAGGCUGCAGGCCAUGAUGGCCCACCUGCACAUGCGGCCCUCUGAGCCCAAGCCCUUCAACCAGCCCCUGAACCCAGUCCCCAGCUCCUCCUCAUUCUCCAAGGUGACCGUCUCCGCAGCAGACUCGUUCCCAGAUGGUCUCGUGCACCCCCCGACCUCGGCUGCUGCCCCCGUAACCCCUCUACGGCCCCCAGGCCUCAGCUCUGCCUCCCUGCACAGCGGGGGCCCCACCCGCCGGAGGAGCAGUGACAAGUUCUGCUCCCCCAUCUCCUCAGAGCUGGCCCAGAAUCAUGAGUUCUACAAGAACGCCGAUGUCAGGCCCCCCUUCACCUACGCCUCCCUCAUCCGUCAGGCCAUUCUGGAAACCCCCGACAGGCAACUGACCCUGAAUGAGAUCUAUAACUGGUUCACCAGAAUGUUCGCCUAUUUCCGGAGAAACACUGCCACCUGGAAGAACGCUGUGCGACACAACCUCAGCCUGCACAAGUGCUUCGUGCGCGUGGAGAACGUCAAGGGCGCUGUGUGGACUGUGGACGAGCGCGAGUAUCAGAAGCGGAGGCCGCCAAAGAUGACAGGGAGCCCCACCCUGGUCAAGAACAUGAUCUCGGGCCUCAGUUACGGAGCACUUAACGCCAGCUAUCAGGCUGCCCUGGCCGAGAGCAGCUUCCCCCUCCUCAAUAGCCCUGGCAUGCUGAACCCAGGCUCUGCCAGCAGCCUCCUGCCCCUCAGCCACGAAGACGUGGGUGCCCCCGUGGAGCCACUGCCCAGCAACGGCAGCAGCAGCCCCCCUCGCCUCUCCCCACCCCAGUACAGCCACCAGGUGCAGGUGAAAGAGGAGCCAGCCGAGGCAGAGGAAGACAGGCGGCCGGGCCCUCCCCUGGGUCCCCCCAACCCCAGCACCGCGGGGCCGCCAGAAGACAGGGACCUGGAGGAGGAACUGCCAGGAGAGGAACUGUCCUAAGGGCCUCUAGGGGCAGGCUGGGCAGGGGUGAGACCCCUCCCUCCGGAACCCAGGCCCCACCUUCCCCCACUCCUCAGCCCCGCCCAAACCUCAAGGCACUUCCAGGACUCAGAUGGGAGGGCUGGGCCAGCAACUCCCCAUGUGACCUGACUGACAGACGCUCGGGGGCAGGGACGGUCCCGCCCCCGAGGGGGACACAGAACCCUUGGUCUGGGACCGGUAGAGGACUCGGAGGGCCCAGACCCUUCCUCACCCUCCCCUCCAUCCAAAUACCGCCUCCCCCCAACCACCAGCAGCAGCAGGGCCCUCCUCCCCCACCAGCUUUCCCCUACAGGGCCCCUCAGCGCCGUGGAGACCCGCAGGCGGGGCUAAGCCACCCCUCUCAAACCCAGGGCCCCUCGCACCUGGCUCUGGCAGUGUUUUCUGGCCGGAGGCCCCCCACUUUCCCAAUUUGUGCUCCCUUCCACCUUCUUUUCCGUACUGUGAAGUCUCCCCGCUGCCCCCCAACUCCCGCCCUGCCCUGGCCUAGGGCAUUGCGGGCGGGGUGGGGGGGGGGUUGCUGAAGUUUCAGACCAUCCCCAGAAGAAACCGGCCGCCUCUGCUAUGCCCACUCCAAGGCCACAGCUGGGGCAGGAGAAGUUGUGUGCGCUGUGGGGGUCGGUGGAAGCAAGGCUGCCCGGCCGGAGACCCUGCCCUCGACCUGAGACAGAAACCAAGCUGAGCUGGGCUUCUGCCCCCUUCACGGGGUGCUCCUCAGCUUCUGCCAUCCCCCACAACAGAGGAAGAGGCCCAGCACUGGCCUACUGACAGGGUCUGUGCUGGGUGUACUAAUGGAGGGGGAGCUGCUGAAAGGAGCUGUGUGGCCCUUGAGGCUGGAGUUGGGCUCAGAGGGGCUGCCAGAGCCACCAGAAGCAUCCUGCCUCUGUCCCAGGAGAGGCCGGGCUGAAACCAGGCUUGAGGGGCAGGUGGCUGCUGUGACCCCAUGGGUCACCCCCAGCCUACAGGUCCCCCAUUGUAGUCCUCCCUCACCCUCCCUCCGCCCCCC